AAUUCAUGCAUGUUGUACUCGGUCGAAGGGGCGUGGUUUCAUGGACUGCUAGCGCCGCCUGCCGCUGUGACCUCGGAACAGCAGGCCCGUUUGUGUGCAGAAUCAAAAUAGGGCACAGCAGCUAGCUGCUGACUUAUCCGUGUGUGUGGUGAUACUGUGGACCAGGACACACGUUCUCGAGAUUGGUGACAUCUGUCAUAUCCUAAGGUUUUGUAACGUACCACCUUAGUAUUGUAGAGCUUAAGACGCAGUAUCGGAGAAGGAUAUCGUUUAUGUAGCGAGCGAGGCCGUAGAUAGCAAGCGCUCCGUCCCUUCAUCUGCAGCUCAGCAUACAUGUGAAUUAUAAAAGGAUUCACACGGCUGAGGGUCAACGUCAGAGAAGAUGCGGAAAGAUGUGAGGAUAUUAUUGGUGGGAGAAUCCAAGGUGGGGAAAACCUCUCUCAUCAUGUCCCUAGUCAGCGAGGAGUUCCCGGAAGUGGUUCCCUACCGAGCUGAAGAGAUCACCAUACCUGCGGAUGUGACCCCAGAGAGGGUUCCUACCCACAUAGUAGACUACUCAGAGGCAGAACAGACAGACGAGCAGCUGUUCCAGGAGAUCUCUAAGGCCAAUGUCAUAUGCAUCGUCUACGCUGUGAACAACAAGAAAUCAAUUGAGAAGGUGACCAGUCACUGGAUUCCACUCAUAACUGAUAAUACAGACAAGGACAACAGGGUUCCUCUGAUCCUGGUGGGCAAUAAGUCGGACCUCGUCGAGCACAGCAGCAUGGAGACGAUCCUGCCCAUCAUGAACCAGUACAGUGACAUCGAGACCUGCGUGGAGUGUUCAGCGAAGAACCUGAAGAACAUUUCGGAGCUGUUCUACUACGCGCAGAAGGCUGUCCUCCACCCCACCGGCCCUCUCUACUGCCCGGAGAGAAAAGAUAUGAAGCCCCUGUGUGUUAAAGCCCUGACUCGCAUCUUUAAAGUGUCGGACCUGGACAACGACGGUAUCCUCAACGACAACCAGCUGAACUUCUUCCAGAGGACGUGCUUCAACGCUCCACUGGCCCCUCAAGCCCUGGAGGACGUGAAGAACGUGGUGAGGAAGAACGUCAGCGAUGGCGUGCGGGACAACGGCCUCACACUGAACGGCUUCCUGUUCCUCCACACCUUGUUCAUCCAGCGAGGGCGCCACGAGACCACGUGGACCGUGCUGCGGCGCUUCGGCUACGACGACGACCUUGAGCUGCACCAGGACUACCUCUUUCCCCAGCUGAAGGUCCCUCCGGACGCCACCACCGAGCUCAACCAUGACGCCUACCUCUUCCUGCAGGGCGUCUUCGACAAGCACGAUAAGGACCGGGACUGUGCCCUGUCUCCAGAGGAGCUGAAGGACUUGUUUGACGUGUUCCCCUACAUGCCGUGGGGGGCCGACGUCAGCAACACGGUUUGCACCAACGACAAGGGCUGGAUCACCUACCAGGGGUACCUCUCUCAGUGGACGUUGACCACCUACCUGGACGUCCAGCGGUGCCUGGAGUACCUGGGUUACCUUGGUUACUCCAUCGUAGCCGAGCAGGAGUCCCAGGCAGCGGGGAUAACAGUGACCCGGGACAAGAAGAUCGACCUGCAGAAGAGGCAGACCCAGCGCAGCGUCUUCCGCUGUAACGUCUUCGGGGACGUCUGCAGCGGCAAGAGCGGCUUCCUCCAAGCCUUCCUGGGACGCAACCUCAUGAGCCAGAAGAACAUUCGAGAGGAGCACCGGUCCUUCUACGCUAUCAGUACCACCUAUGUUUACGGCCAGGAGAAAUACCUACUUCUGCACGAGGUCUUCCCAGACAACGACUACAUGUCCGAUGCCGACCUAGCAUGUGACAUUGUCUGUCUGCUCUAUGAUGUCAGCAACCCCUACUCCUUUGAGUACUGUGCUAAAGUCUUCAAGCAAUAUUUCAUGGACAGCAAGACGCCGUGCAUGAUGAUAGCCGCCAAGUCUGACCUCCCAGAGGUCAAGCAGCAGUACGGAUGCACUCCCCUGGAGUUCUGCCGCAAACACAAGAUGCCCCCGCCCCAGUCCUUCACCUGCAACACAGCGGCGGCCGCCCCCAGCCGGGACAUCUACACCAAGCUCACCACCGUGGCCAUGUACCCUCACGCCCGGCUGCGCUGCAUGUGCACGUGCAACAGGUGCACCUUCUGCCUGUGCCAGAACCUCCUCAACUCUGAGCUGCUGCAGACGGUCCGGACCAAGCUCUACGCCGCGGUGCUCAGCAGGUCCUCUCCCUCUCUCUCUCUCUCUCUCUCUCUCACUCACUCUCUCGUUCUAGCUGCGUUACCUGUCUUUCGGUGCUCUCUCACCCAUCACUUUCCCUCCAGUCUCUGUCCAUGUGUUCUCCUCUCUCCAUCCUGCAGGCACGUGAGCCAGGCGGACCUGAAGAGCUCCACCUUCUGGCUGCGGGCAAGUGUUGGCGCAGCCAUGUUUGCCGUGCUGGGUAUCGCCAUGUACAGAGUCCUGCUGAAACCACGGUGACUCCACGCCAAUUAUUGGCCAGCGCGCAACUUAAAAAGAGGACAAGAAUUUAUCGCAGAAUUUGACUUUGACUUUUGGGCAAAAUCCACUAAAUGUUUCGUUUUCGCCUGCCCUUAUCGUGUGUUAAGUUUUCCUGCUCCUUUUUGGGAGGAAGAUGAUUUAAAAUGGUUUAAUUUUGCAUCAUGCUCGCUCAAGCUGGUUUGAUAAUGUGGCUUUCUCGGUCACCAAAGUAUUAUUUUUUGCUCAAGGUAUAGAUCUAUUUAUAUUUCUAUGGAAAACGUGAGGAUAUCUUGAGCCGAAGUGGGUUGGCUGCAAGUGAGUGUUGGCUACAGGUUUAUGUUUUGAAACUGUAUGCAGCAGCAUUAGCAACUUCAGUCAAAUAGUUUUUUCUGGAGAGAAAAUAUGUAAAUAAUGAUAUAAAAUAUGUGUUAUAGAAUAUGUGCUAGAAAAUAAUCUCGGAUGAAAGGGAGAACGGCAGGAUGUAUGAGACUCGGAGUGUAUAUGAAAAGCAUCCUGACUGAAGCUUGAAGUCCCCUAGAUGAGCGAGUUCUAAGGUUGCACUGGUCUCUGGGAACUGGCUGUCAUCGCGAGGGCCUAAUUUAUCAAACGCUGCGCUCCUCUGCCCUCAAAUGUUAGGCCACAGCAAGCUGCGUGUUCAGCAGCAAAUAUUCCAAUUUAGAAAGUUCUGAUUUAACAUAUUCAGAAGCUCUAAUCCACAAGCACAGAUAAUAAUGCAUUUUCCAUGAUAAGACCAGCUUCGACUAUUCUGUUAGCUGUUUGGUGUUGGCAAUGUUGUUGGGGAUUUGGAGCAGAGGCAGUAUUUGAUAUAGGCUAAUUCAUUUAGAAAGUUGUAAACUCAUAUUUAAUAAUUGAGCCAGAAUGGUGGUCCAAUCACGUAAGGAUUUGUAUUCCUCUUUGCAAAUAGAAUGGAUAGUUAUUUUGUUUACAUAAUGCAUCGUGUAUAACUGAGCCUCCCGUUUUAUACUUAGAUUUCCUCUUACUCCCUCCUUGUUGAAUUGUAUUGAAUAAGAAAGAUGCCAUUGUGUAUUUAAUAUAAUGGCAUCACCUUAGGCUGCUGCUUCAAUCCUUUUGUGUGUGUGUGUGUGUGUGUGUGUGUGUGUGUGUGUGUGUGUGUGUGUGUGUGUGUGUGUGUGUGUGUGUGUGUGUGUGUGUGUGUGUGUGUGUGUGUGUGUGUGUGUGUGUGUGUGUGUGUCUUUAUUUCUGUCCUAAACUACUUCCCAGUAUUGUUUCUUUGCUAUUAAUCGGUUACCAUGUAGAAAAUGAUCUCUUAAAAAUAUGCUGUUGGCUUCUUUAGGAAUAUUGAAGUUCUACAUUGUGGACGUUUUACAUAAAGUAUUCACAAUGCAUCCCGA